AAACCUCUUUCUUUCUAAGCCAAAAUGAAGCCUUUUCCUCUCUUGUCACCUAUACUUUUAUACCUUCAUCUGCUCUUUCUCUUUACCUUAACUUUAAUAUGCUUUGGUCCGAACAAAAUUAUGGCAGCGACAAUACUAGGAAACCAAACAGAUCAUUUGUCAUUGCUCCAAUUCAAAGAAUCAAUAUCCAGUGACCCAUAUAGAAUCCUUGAUUCUUGGAAUGAGUCUACCCACUUCUGCAACUGGCACGGAAUCACAUGCCAUUCUAAGCAUCAAAGAGUUACAAAAAUGAUGUUACAAGGAUACAAGUUGCAUGGACCCAUAUCUCCUUAUAUUGGUAAUCUCUCUCGUUUAAGAAACCUUAACCUUGAAGAAAAUACCUUGUUUGGAAAUAUUCCACAAGAGCUGGGUCGGUUGUUACACUUGCAUGGACUUUUUCUGAGCAAUAACUCAUUAGCAGGAGAAAUUCCUACGAUCUUGACAAAUUGUUCCAAUCUUGUAGACUUGUUUUUAUUUGGAAACAAUCUCACCGGAAAAAUACCAUCUCAAAUUUUCUCUCUUCAAAAGCUUCAGUUACUAAACAUUGGGAAAAACAAUUUAAUUGGAGGAGUCCCGUCAUUCAUAGGUAAUAUUUCUUCCUUGACAGCUCUUGGGGUUGCAUAUAACAACUUAGAGGGACAUAUUCCACGAGAAAUAUGUCAUCUUACAAACUUGAUAAAAAUGAAUGUGGGUAUCAACAAAUUAUCAGGUAUGUUUCCACCUUGUCUUUACAAUAUGUCUUCUCUUACUCUCUUCUCAGCCGCAUCAAAUCGCUUUGGUGGCUCUCUUCCACCCAACAUGUUCCAAACUCUCUCCAAUCUCCAAGAAAUUCAUAUAGACAGGAAUGAAAUAUCCGGCCCAAUCCCGACUUCAAUUGCAAAUGCUUCUACUUUAAGAAUAUUUUCCAUCGACGCAAACCAUUUUGUUGGACAAGUUCCAAGUCUAGGAAGACUACAUCAUCUCUAUUUUUUAAAUUUAGAAAUCAACCAUCUAGGUGACAAAUCAACUCAGGAUUUGGAGUUUUUAAAAACAUUGACAAAUUGUAGUAAAUUAUAUGUUAUUAGUAUAGGUGCUAAUAAUUUUGGAGGUCAAUUGCCAAAUUCAGUUGGCAAUUUAUCCUCCCAACUUAGUAGAUUAUAUGUUGGGGGUAAUGAGAUAUCAGGAAAAGUUCCCCCAGAGUUAGGAAAUCUAGUCAAUUUAAUUCUUUUGACCAUGGAAAGCAACCACUUUGAAGGAAUUAUCCCGACUAGUUUCAGGAAGUUGCAAAACAUACAAGUGUUAGAUUUGCGUCAAAACAAUCUAUCAGGAUCUAUACCAUCCUCCAUAGGAAACCUCACUCAAUUGUUUGACUUGCGCUUGUCAGAGAAUAUGUUAGAAGGAAAUAUUCCUCCGAGCAUAGGGAAAUGUCAAAGGUUAGAAUAUCUGAAUCUUUCGCGAAACAACCUUCAAGGAGCCAUACCCUUAGAAGUUUUUGAAAUUUCAACCUUAAGUAGGGGAUUGGACUUAUCACAAAAUUCAUUGAGUGGUAGUCUACCUAACGAAGUGGGUUUACUAAAAAAUAUUGAAAACUUAGUUGUUUCUCAAAACAAUUUGUCAGGUGAGAUUCCUAGUACCAUCGGUGAAUGCAUAACUCUAGAAAACCUUAAUUUACAAGGAAACUCAUUCCAAGGAACCAUACCUUCGAAUUUGGCAUCUCUCAAAGGUCUUCAAUAUUUAGACCUGUCAAGAAAUCGGUUAUCUGGAUCAAUUCCUGAUGUUAUACAAGACAUCCCUGAUUUAAAACACUUGAAUGUUUCUUUUAACAUGUUGGAAGGCGAGGUACCAAUAGGCGGUGUGUUUGGAAAUGCAACCCAAGUAGCAUUGAUUGGAAACAAUAAACUUUGUGGAGGUAUUUCAGAGUUGCACCUACCACCAUGUCCUAUCAAGGGUAGAAAACACAAAAACAAAGAUAAUUUCAAGUUGAUAGGAGUGAUAGUUAGUGUGGUUUCUUUUCUUCUCAUACUUUCAUUUAUUAUAACUAUCUACUGGAUGAGGAACACAAACCAAAAACCAUCUUUUGAUUCACCAACAAUUGAUCAAUUGACUAAGGUUUCAUACCAAGAAUUGCACAGAGGAACUGAUGGGUUCUCAGAUAGAAACUUGAUCGGAUCGGGAAGUUUUGGUUUUGUGUACAGAGGAAAUCUUAUGUCACAAGAUAAUGUUGUUGCAGUAAAGGUCCUAAACCUCCAAAAGAAAGGAGCACACAAAAGUUUCAUUGCUGAAUGUAAUGCACUCAAAAGUAUUAGACACCGCAAUUUAGUUAAGAUCUUAACAUGUUGUUCUAGUACAGAUCACAAAGGUCAAGAAUUUAAAGCUCUGGUUUAUGAUUAUAUGAAAAAUGGAAGCUUAGAACAAUGGUUGCAUCCUGAGAUUUUAAAUGCAGAGCUUCCAAAAAAAUUGGACCUCACUCAUCGAUUGAACAUCAUUACCGAUGUUGCUUCUGCACUACAUUAUCUUCAUCAAGAAUGUGAGCAAUUGGUCCUACACUGUGAUCUAAAGCCAAGCAAUGUCCUUCUUGAUGACGACAUGAUUGCUCAUGUGAGUGAUUUUGGCAUAGCAAGACUUGUCUCAACCAUUGACGGUAACUCUUUGAAAGAUACUAGUACAAUUGGAAUAAAAGGGACGGUUGGCUAUGCUCCUCCAGAGUAUGGAAUGGGUUCUGAAGUGUCUACGUCUGGUGACAUGUAUAGCUUUGGAAUCCUGGUGUUGGAAAUGCUUACGGGAAGAAGACCCACAGAUGAAGUUUUUGAAGAUGGUCAAAAUCUUCAUAACUUUGUUGCAAUUUCAUUUCCCGAUAAUCUUAUAAAGAUUUUGGACCCACAUCUUAUAUCAAGAGAUGCAGAAGUAGCAACACUGGACCGAAAUCGUGAGAAUCUUAUUCAAAACGUUGAGGAGUGCUUAGUUUCAGUUUUUAAGAUUGGACUUAUUUGUUCAAUGCAAUCACAAAAAGAAAGAAUGAAUAUUGUGGAUGUCACCAGAGAACUUAGUAUCAUCAAAAAAACCUUUCUUUCAGGUAUUCACACUAAUAAUCAGUAAUUCAGUUUGAUAUGCAUUCUUGUUAAGAAACUGAAUGGUUUCACUGGAACCACAUGUGGAAAUACUUAUGUGUGAUAGUGUUCAAUGUACAUUUGCCUGCAACCUGUACUAGUUGUUGUUAAUAAGUAAUGUUGUAUUGUUUUCUAAUUCAAUAAACUGAGAACUGAUACUUCUCUCAUAUUUGUCUUCA